CCGGUGAGGGGCAGUGGGGACGCCAGGAGGUGCCCUCCGCAUGCUGGACAGUGACAAGUCUCAGAACAGGCGGCUCUGGACGGAUCGAUGCCAGCCAAACGAUGACCAGUUGUGGCCAGCAGUCCUUGGACGUGCUCGCCGUCCUCUCGUUGCUGAUUUCCGCAGUCUUGUCCGCGCACUUCCGGGUCUGUGAGCCGUACACGGACCACAAAGGCCGCUACCACUUCGGCUUCCACUGCCCGCGGCUCUCGGACAACAAAACCUUCAUCCUCUGCUGUCACCAUAACAACACGGUUUUCAAAUACUGCUGCAACGAGACCGAGUUCCAGGCGGUGAUGCAGGCGAACCUCACGGCCGGCUCCGAGGGCUACAUGCACAACAACUACACGGCGCUGCUGGGUGUGUGGAUAUACGGCUUCUUCGUGCUGACGCUGCUGGCCCUGGACCUUUUGUACUACUCGGCAAUGAACUACGACAUUUGCAAGGUCUACCUGGCGCGGUGGGGCAUCCACGGACGGUGGAUGAAACAGGACCCCCGACGGUGGGGGAACCCUGCCCGGGCCCCCCAGCCAGGGCAGCAGGCCCCGCAGCCCCAGCCUCCCCCCGGCCCCCUGCCGCAAGCCCCCCAGGCCAUGCGCACGCUGCAGGGAGACGCCCACGGGCCACCACUGAUGACCUUCCAGAGUGCGUCUGCCUGAAAACCCUUUUGCCGUGCCUCAGGAUGGGGGAGGUGAGACCAGAAGCACCCGGCGCAGCCUCCGAGAAGAACAGCUUCCACAGAGAUGCCAGGGAGAGCCGAGGCGGCCGCGGCGGUGGCAGAGAAGGGAACGCCGCCUGUGCCCAAAAUCCCCUGCCGCGGACUUCUACAGCUGGGAGCAAACUCAGGGGAGGGGGCCGGUGGUGCAGGGUGGGGGGCUCUGAGCCACCCGUCCACAAGCAAUAGUCCCAUUUUGGGCUGGUGGCUUCUGAGAGGUGACGCCCUUGUGGACUCAGGAUGACCGACACUAAGCUGCUCCGGCCGGUUCAGACCGGGAGGGUUCAGGCCUGUGCGUCGUCCCCACAGUUCCCCUGACUCUGCUCCCUCCGGUAGUGGCCCGUGGGCCUAUGCGUGUCUGAAUAUUGAAUGUGAGUGUGUGUGUGUGCGCGUGCGUGCACGUGUGUGAUUCAGAGUGUUCUUUGUGUUUGUUUGGCUGGUUUUUAUUGGGGUCCCCCAGCUCUCUGAUGGGCACGGGUCACCACGUGGUGGGGGUCCUCGCCAGCAUCCCAGGCGGGCUCCGGCUUCUUGCACCAGCUGGCAGCUGUGAAGCAGAGGGAGUUGGCAAGCAUGGGGCACGGCCCCACUGUGUCUCUGGGGACACUGGGGACUGGAAAAUGCCAGUGAGGGUCCGUCCUGCAGGAUCUGUUCCCGUAACAACAGUAACAAUAAGGGGCACGUCUGAGCAGGCGUGAGGUUGGGUGUCUUCAUGCACACCUCUCUCGCCCUCCGGGAGUGGGUGGGGUCAGUCCCCUGCAGAAGCGGCUCAGAGCAAGGGAGGUGCCCAGGGUCACACAGCCAGGAGGACACCAGGCCCUCGGUUUGCCGUCAGGGGUGCAGGAACCCAAGGUCCAGCCUCCCCAGCCAGGGCGCCCCCAGCACCGUCCCCGCAGCGUCUCCCCAGUGGCUUUCCAGUGGACGAUCCGUUGCUCUGCGUUCUCCACCAUCACCGCCCCGGAACCCUCGUUCACGUAGCACAUUCUGGUUAAGCACCUGCCGUGUGCCGGGCCCGGUGCUGGGCAGUGAUGGGGACGCGACGUGGGUCAGGCAGGCCUUGUCUCUGCCCCGGGGGGGCCGCCGUCUGGUGAGAGAGAUAGACACACAGAUCUUUGCUGGACAGGGUGACGAGCACUUAUGGAAACUCAGAGGAGAAGGUUCUAGAAACCCUUCCACUUUAAGGUGGGACUUCCACCCAAACCUGGAUGUCCAUCCACAGUGCUCACCGCCUUCAGCCACCCCCUGCCCCAGUGGCAUCAUCCAGGCAGUGAUCACACAAAUCCCCAAGAGCCGCACUGCCAGUGUAGACGCACUCGCGCUGGUGUCAGUGAUCCUAAAGUCUCCCCCAGCCCUUAGGGCAGUGAGCGCUGCCGAAUAAGUGCAUGUCCCCUCUGAUUGUGUGUCCUCACUCAGCCAGACCCAGUGUCCUCGCGGUUCAUCACACCCAGCAGUGAGCAGCAGGCCCUGCUCACGGUGCUGGUUUUCUAGCUGCGGAGAGAGGGCAGUGAAGAAAUUAGUGAGUAAGGAAGAUAGCAACAGUGGUGAGCCUUCUGCUGAGAAUUCAGUCGAAACCAUGUUAGUGAGGGUCUUGUGGAGCUUGUGUGGUUCCGGAAGGCCUUUCUGCACAGGUGACAGUUAAGCCCAGAUCUGAAUGGUGUACAAGAGCCAGUCAUGGGCAUUAGAGGUGCGAGAAGAGCAUUCCAGGCAGAGGGGAGAGCUCGUGCAAAGGCCCUGAGGCAGCAAGAGGCUUAGUGGUUUCAAGGAACCCAGAGGGAGAAUGGAAGGAGAUGAAGGUCAGAGAGCCCAGACUCUGUGGUUCACUGUGAGUCACUGUCAGGCUGCACAAGCACAAUGCCCCAGCCUUUGUUCAAGCAGAAAGAACUUUCCAGGUGUAAAGCAUUUCCUAUACAGCCUGGCUUUUCAUCCUCUCAACAGCCCCACAAAGAAGGGACACUCCCCGCUUCAUGGACUAGGAACUGAGGCUGAGAUGAGUCAAGCGGCUUGCUCAAGGUCACACAGCUGGCCUUGGAAGACCCAAGCCCAUGGCGUCAGUCGUGUCUCCUCCAGACAGUGAUACACAGCUUGGCAGAGGCAGGGCUCUCAAUUAGGGGUAGCGUGGCUUCCUUUCCCCUGGACGCUGAGUCAUCACAGAACAUGCCCCAGGGCUUUGCCCUGCCAGGCAGCAAUUGCUGUGGCAGGGUGCUCACAGCCAUUCAGCACAGCUGGAUCAGCCCGCACCUGCAACCCACGUGCACAGCCUCGGGAGUCAAAGGAACCUAAACUGGGCUGGGGGGUGGAGGGUGAGCACAAGACCCAGAUUCCGACAUCAGCUCUGCGUUAAGAGCAGUGUGCUCGGGCUAGUCCUCUCUGCCCAGUUUCCCCAUCGGUAAGAGGAGGGAGUCAUUGGGCCGUCAGGGGGCUCGCACCUCUGGCUUCCUGCGGUUCUGGGUGACGCUCAUGCAGCUGCUCAGACAGAAGGGCUUCCUCUGCUAAGAAGGAGCUUGUGGCCUUGCCUCCCCGCCCCGAAUGCCCGGAGCCAGAGGUCACUGUCCCGUAGCCCAGCCGGGCUGGGGUUCAGCUGAGUGGCCUCCCUGAGGUUUGCGACCUGCGGGCUGCUGCACCUGGCCCGCCAGGGGUCUCAGGAGCGACUGAGAACCCUGCAGCAGGUUACAGUUGCAGCCGGGCUGGGAUCGGCAAAUGCCGUUGUAAGCCGGAGGCCUCCCACAUGUGGCUCAGCAGACAUCACAGACUUUGCACACCAGUGCGGAGCAGCCUGCAGUGUAGACGGACCCAGAGUGUGGAGACCCCCAGCACCGCCCCUGCCCAGCUGAGUGGCCUUGGGGGAAUCACUUCUCUUCUCUGAGCCUCAGUUUCUCACCUGUCAAGUGUGUGGGACGGGGUGUGGGAGGAAGGUACCCACACUCGCUGCCUCGCAGUGUGGCCAAGGCGGGUGAGGACGGUGCCUGUGGUGUGAACACCCGGAGUGGAAGACAUGAGUGCCGCUCAGUCAUUCCCGAUGCCGAGGGCUCCUCAAAACCCCACGGGACCCCACUCAUCCCGACGAGAGCCGGUCCCCGUGCUCCUGGGGCGGGUGGACGUGCCAGUUGGCAGAGUGUCCCUGAGAAUAUGAUGCAGGGGGGUGACGAGACCAAGUAGAGAUUUAUAGAGUUGACGUUUUUCAGUGACUCCCAAACCUGAUUUUUCAAGCUGCCUCUGUUUACUCUUUACUGUGAGCUUCUGGCUGUUCACUACGUCGUCUGUAAAAAUAACAAUAAUAAUAAUCCAAGAAGAGGAGGACCACGAGCCCGCCGAGGAGUUUGCAUCCGCCGCUGGUCUGUGUCACGGACUCCUGUGUUUGUCAGGACCUUUUCCCGCUGGGAAUGGUGUGUUAUUAACGAGCAGUUUUAUGCUUUCCUUCUCGUCCGCGUACGGUGUGCCUGUGCGUUCCGGGAUCUCUAUUCAGAACCAGUACCUGGUAGCGCCCCCGGGCCCCUCCGCCCUCUCCUUGGCCUUCGGAGUCGCCUGCCGGGCGAGCAUCUGAUGCUGACCAGGACCAACCUGAAACAGGCCUUAAUCGAAAACACACACGCACACACGCCCGCACGCACACACGGGCAUGUGUGCACACACACAUGAAUGCACAGGUGCACACACGCGAUUCUGCGGGUUGAUCCGGUCUCUCUUGCUGUCUCUGAUGCUUUAGAAAAUUAGCAGGUAGACUGCUAGCUAAGGUGGGUGGCAUGUCCCCUCCUCAACCAAAAACCCCUUCAGGCAAAUUUGUCCCCAGAACUGGAAAGGACGGGGGGCAUCGAGGAGACCUGGCCGGGAAUACAGGGUGACAGGCCUCCGCCAAGAGAUACUUCUCGGGCCACUGUCACAUCGAAAGCUCUCUUUAGGUCAUUUCAGUCAUUUCUGAGUUCCGUGCCCUCCGGCCCUCUGCCGUCCCCCCGGCCGUCUGUCCCUGCCCUCGCCCCCAGCUCAGUGGACACUCCAUCCGCUGCGUCUACUAGAGCUUGUGCUGUAAAAGAAGACACAGUUCCCCAGAGUCGGAGACUUUUAGAAUGUAUUCUUUGGUUUAUUUUAAUCUUUUCCACUUGGCCGAUUGGUCCCCCGACAGGAGGAGUCACGCCAUAGGUGGCCUCCAGAAGUGAAUUUGCAGAUUCCUCGACAGUCCCGGUCGACGUGUCAGCCCGACUGGAGGUACUGGGGGCACCUCUUGUCCGUGUGGAGGGGCAGCCACGUCAUAGCAGAGCCCCCAUCUCCGCUACGGAAACCUGGGUGCAAUAGAGGAGGCGGCCGGUGUGGCACCUGACCUUACUGCUCACCUGGCGAGCACCACACGGCAUCUGCCUAGUCCCCACAGACCGUCCAAGAGGUCAGGGGGCAGCCGACCCCCCAGAGUGGGUGACACUGUGGUCACUGCCGUCUGCAGCCCCGGAACACGUCACCAGACGGGGGUGAUGCCCUGUGCGCCCCUCCCGUGCCACCAAUGCCAUGCAAGGCCCCCAGCCCCUCCCUGUGGCACAGAGGCAGCCCCAGACGGUAGGAGGCGAACAUGUGCAGCUUCGGGAUCCAUGGUCCGAAAAACUCAAAUGUUGAAAUCGGGGAGUCAGGUGACAUAGAAGAUCCUAGAAAAAAAAAAUUUGUUCACGCAUGCAUUCACUCAUCUGUUCAACAAAUAUUUAUCCAGUGCCCAUCUGGAAGCAGGUCCCGCUGUGCACGGAGAUGUCAGGGAACACGCCACAUCCUCGGGAGAGGCUGGCAUCACCUGUGACGUGACUAGUUGUGCCUAAUAGUUAGGGAUGCUCAGAUUCACAAAGCAAAUAAGGAAGACUUACCUAUCCCAUCCACGAAAGUGGCCGUGGAGGUAGCAUUGUCCCCCUGUCCCCAAGUGUCCUGUCCAAAACCCUGCCAGAUAGUUGGUGCUAGAUAGAUGCUUGGUGAGUGAGUGGCUUUGACUGUGAGUCAGACUAUACCUAAACCUCCUAUGUUCACUGCAAAGCCCCAACCCCCUUGCCCUUGACAGACUGAAAUUCAGGGCCGCUGCAGUGCCCACUUCCAGGGGGCACUGUUCCUCUCAAAUGCGCCGUGAGCAGCCACCCCGGGUUUGUGCAAUGAGGUGCCCAGUGAAUUGCCCUAAGCUGCCUUCUGAAACAUGCAGGUCCCAUCGAAGUCAGACGAAGUCAAGGGAGGAUGGCCGUGGACAUGAGGCCAGGUGGGCCCCCCCUCCCGAGGAGCCAGGUCAGGAAGGGGACGGGGCCACAAAGGGGUGUGGGGGGCGGGGGGAGGAGCCAUGAGCCUAUGGCAGGUCAGGAAGUUACAGCUUCCACGGCUGCUGUGGGCGUCCCGUGUGGCCCCACUGGAACCAGACUGGUGACUGAGAGAGUGUCUUCCUGGACCCUUGCCUCAGUUUCUCAUGCACAGUUUCCUCCUCGUUUCAAUGUUAGAGCUAGUGGGCUCCAUCACAGGCAGAUAACCAAACAGUCAGUCUGGGUCACGUGCAAUAACUAAGUGGGGACUCCGAGGGAGGGGGCUCCGUGCCCCUAACGGCAGGAAACCCCACCCAGGGCCCGUGUGUCCUCCCCCGGGUCAGGGGACAAGGGCACGUGGCUACAGGUGGGACAGAAACGGUUUCUCUCUCCCGUAAAGCCCGACUUCACCCGAGCCGGGCUGGGGGCCCCUCUGAGAGCUGACAACCGGGGAAAACCAAAAACCAAUACUGUUCCUAAUAAUAAUAUACUAUAAUGUACCAAUAACCGUGUGUUUUCCACUGCCCGCUGUUGCACUGCUCCCGUCUUUAUAUACAGUAGUUUUUAUAAAGAUGUCCUGAGGUUUUAAUAAAGGAGUGUCUCGUC